CCCAAUCCUCCCAGUCUGCAGGGGCCUGAGGGGCUGUGCUCUCAAGUCUUCUGCUGUGUCUUGACCCCCAAAGGCAGACAGUGGCCAAGGAAGAAAUGCGGGUGUGUCCCGGAAGCUGGCUCCUCCUGAGUCCAGAGGGCUCCCGACCUUCUCACCCUGGGCCUGGCACGCCCUGAACGUCCCUCUUGGACUGCAUUCUGUGCCUCCACCUGCAAAAAGACUCGAAAUUCUCCUGCCAGCAGGAUUCAGGCCCUGGGAAGCUGACCAGUCCCUGCCGUCCUCUUUCUGACCCUCACCCUCUGCAGGAUUUGCUUCUGCUCCACAGCAGCUGCCUCCACCAGGCCGAGAGAUGGAGAGACCGGACCUGGUAGAUCUGGGAGGCUCUGAGACCAGGAAAGACCAGAGGACAGGACCACAAACCAGUGGGAGCCUACGUCCGGCCAGCAUGUUGGGGCAAAACUUCCGUAUGUCCAAUCUGUGUAUACUCCUCCUGGGGAAAAGCUGCUCAGGAAAAAGUGCCACAGGAAACACCAUUCUGGGCAAACCUGUGUUUAAGUCCAAAUCUUGUGGUCAGAUCGUGACUAAAACAUGCCAGAGAGAGAAAGGGUCCCUGAACAAGAGGGAGGUUGUGGUCAUUGAUACCCCUGACCUUUUCUCCUCAAAAUUUUGCACAGAAGAGAAGAAAUACAACAUCCAGCACUGCUUGGAGCUCUCUGCUCCGACUCUCCAUGUCCUGCUCCUGGUAAUUCGCAUUGGCCAUUAUACAAGGGAGGACAAGGAAACAGUCAGGGGCAUCCAAGAUGUGUUUGGACCUAAAGCCUGGAGGUACACCAUUAUUGUUUUCACUCAGAAAGAUGAUUUGGGGGAUGACUUGCUGGAAGAUUACAUUGAUAAUGACAAGUCUCUCAAGGAGUUGGUUCAAAGAUGUGGGCACCGAUACUACGCUUUCAAUAACAAGGCAGGUGAGGAUCAGCGGACCACUCAGGUGUCAGAGCUUCUGCACAAGAUUGAGAAUUUAGUAGUUAAGAAUGAAGGACCCUAUCAUGUGAACUUCAAAAUGGAAGGCAGCAGAUUCCAGAAUUGCGUAAAUGAAGUUGUACCACAGGAGAAGGGCCAUCGACAUGGCCCAGGGGAGAUGAAGAAGCAGGACACAGGACCUGAGCAUAGCUUGGGGACAUCAGAGCUGAAGGUCCUCCUCGUGGGGAAGCACGGUGCUGGAAAAAGUACAGCAGGGAACAGCAUUCUGGGGAAGCGGGUCUUUGAGACCAAAUUUAGUGAGUGUCCAGUAACCCAGAGCUUUAGGUGUGGGAGCAGAAUCUGGAGAGAGAAGAAAGUUUUGAUCAUUGAUUCUCCAGACAUCUCAUCUUCAAUGAAUGUUGAAUCAGAGCUUAGGAAACACAUCUGUACAGGCCCUCAUGCCUUCCUUCUGGUGACGCCGCUGGGCUCAUACAGCAAGAAAGAUAAAGCGGUGCUGGAAACCAUCAAAAGAAAUUUUGGGGACAAAUUCAUUCAGUACAUGAUCAUUCUCCUAACCAGGAAGGAAGAUUUAGGGGAUAGAAAUUUAGAAAUGUUCUUAACACAAGAAGCUGAUCUCAAUGGGCUCAUCCAGCAAUGCAAAAACAGAUACAAUGCCUUCAACUACCGUGUAACGGGAAGAGAGGAACAAAGGCAGGUGGAUGAGCUCUUGCAAAACAUUGAGAACAUGGUGCAGCAGAAUGGAAGCAAGCCUUGCAUCUUUAGAGAAAAAGAAGCCCUGAGCAUCAUCCUUGUGGGGAGGAGUGGGAAUGGGAAGAGUGCAACUGGGAACACCAUCCUGAAGCAUGACAUCUUCCUGUCUCAGCUCCAAGCCCAGUCAGUCACCCUGGCGUGCCAGAGCAGCAGGACCACGUGGGAUGGGCAGGACGUGGUGGUUGUAGACACUCCCUUCUUCAACCAGAUGCCUGGUGCUGAGAGAGAUCCAUCCUGGUUAGAGGAGGAGGUCAAACGCUGCUGGUCCUUCUGCGAAGAAGGGACCAAGACAUUUGUCCUGGUGUUCCAGCUGGGGCGGUUCACAGAAGAGGACAAAGCAGUAGUGGAGGAACUGGAGGCCACCUUUGGAGAGGAACUUAUGAGUCAUGCCAUUGUGCUGUUCACCCGGACAGAGGACCUUGCAGAUGGGAUGCUUGAAAAUUACAUCGAGAAUGCAAAUAACAAAGCCCUUAAAAACAUAAUUAAAAAGUGUAAAAAGCGAUAUUGUGGUUUUAAUAACAAAGAAACUGGCCUAGCUGGAGAAAGUCAGGUGAAUACUCUUUUGAGAAUGGCCAAUGAUCUGAGAAGGAGCCAUAAUGGGAAAGGGUACCCACAUACAUGGGAAUAUGUCAGUAAACAAAUUAAACAUGCCCAGGAAAAGCCCUCUUUCAAAAACUUCCUAAAGAAUAUAAAAGAUAGUUUAAGUAGCUGAAAUGUCUGGAGUCUCUUUAAGUUAGGGACACCCUUGGGUUGGGGAGCAGGGCAUAGUAGGACUGAUAAAUGGGAGGAGGGUCCACGGCUUUGAGGUUUGUGAGGUAAGCAUCCCAUCUUGUGAUGCUUUAGCUACUUGUAGGUAAUGAACUGUGAGGGGCAAAUAGUAGGGAAUUGUAAAGGAGAAAGAAGUCCAGGAAUAAACGGUCUGGGUUGGCAGGCAUGGACAUUCCAGCUUCACUCUCUCUCUCUACCCAUCUUCAUUGGUAUGCAGAUUCCACACUGAGGCUUGCUUCUUGGUUUCAAGACCCUGGUGCUCUAUCUGUGGCUGUGCGGGUAACAUGGAAAGCUGCCAGAGGUGUGUGAGAUAGAAAACAAGGAAUCAUCCUCAGGGUAGAUACAGGCUCAGAUGUUUUCAAUAUUAACUACUUUAUUUAUACAUGCUUUGAUGGUAGGAACUUUGUCAUUUGGUUUCUCCUGACCCCCAUAAUAUCGGAUAGCUUUCAAGAUUAGCCCAUUCAUAAAAGCAGGGACUGUCACUAUUAUUUUUGGACUUCACAUAACACUUUACAAAAUAACUUCUGGAAAAUGUAUGUGUAAAUAUGUUCAGUUGAAACAAGUAAUAAAGAUGAAUUAGAUUAUGAAUUGG